AUGAAUCUAUCGCUCAGAGAACAAUUCAACAUUAUCAUCGCAUCUUUUCCCACCAAUUCCAACAUAAUUUGUGCAAAAAUGACAGUCCUACGAACAGCUCUGAGCCGGCAGGCGCUGCCACUCAAACUCCGCGCUAUGUCCAGGCCGAGAUCCCUCAGCACCAGCAGCAUCACCGCCAGCGAAGCAGCAAGUGAGAUGCUGCACAAAUUCCAGGACAAGACCAUUGUCCGAAAACAGACUCUAGACGGCAAUCAGAUGCAAAAGCUGUGUCUCACACUGGGCCGAAGGUAUGGCCUGGGCCCGCAACUGGAUCUCACGCUCGGCUGUCCCCCAAACGGAACGCCAGUGCCGCCGGGAUACCAUCUUGUGUACUUUACGCCAUCAGAACUGGAGGAGGAUCUUGGCGCCGAUGGCACCGAUCGCACCUUCAACGCACCCGCGCCCUUCACGCGGCGCAUGUGGGCAGGAGGACAAAUGCGGUGGAACGACGGUACCGAGCUGAGGGUCGGCGAGCAGGUAGAGGAGCACACAAAGCUUAUCACCGCCGUGGCGAAGAAGAGUCGUGAUGGCAGUGAGAUGGUUCUGGUGGAGGUGAACAAGGAGUUCUGGGGUGAACGAGGCUUGGCGCUGGUCGACCAGAGAUCUUGGAUAUUCCGGAAAGAAAUCGACCUUUCGAAAAUAGGCGAAACAACAUCAACAAAGUCCCCACUUCCUCCACCGCGAGGCAAGUCAGAAGUGCGAGACGUGAUUGUCGGCGACAACCCUUUGCCAGACCGGUUUCUCAAGUGGUCGCCGGCGGCCCUGUUUCGGUUCUCGGCUCUCACCUUCAACGCGCACAUGAUUCACUACAACGAAAGCUGGACGCGGGACGUCGAGAACCACCCCGGCGUGGUCGUGCAUGGACCGCUGAACCUCAUCAACAUGCUGGACUACUGGCGAGACGUGCACCGGGUGGACGGGUCCGUCCUGGAGGAGAUCUCGUACAAGGCUACCACACCGAUAUACGCCGGGGAGGAGUACUCGAUUUCGAGCUCCAAGAUGAAUACGGAUUAUGGCAUGUUUGAGGUGUUGGUGAAGAAGGGGGAUCAGGUGUGCAUGACGGGACAUAUUUGCGAGGCUUCGAGCUGGAGUUAUUGA